CUCUUGGGAACGGUCGCGGCCAAAGCGGCCCGGAGGCGCGACGCUCCUCGGAUUCUGGUCCUUCGCACGGCGGCGGGGGUCAGUGCGCGACUUUAGGGGUGCAGUGCCGGGCUGUUCCAGGCUGGGAGUCGCUGGAGCCACGCCCGGUCCGCCAGCCUGCCAGAGACCCCCGGGGCGGCCUCCGUCGGGUAUCGUCUUUGCGUGCUCCGCAUUCCCCGGACCGGCUCCCUCCGUGAGGCAGGCGGCGGCGGAGGAUGCUGCGGGCCCGGUGCCGCGGGGAAGGUGCUGGGUCAGCCCAGUGAGCGCCCCUCGAGCUGUGGCCGGAGGCCCUCCCGGGGCCCCUCAGCCAUCUGCAGGGCAAAGGCUUCCAGAACCGCCGCCCCGACCCGCCACCGAGCGCCCAGCCCGACACCAUGUCCUCCGCCCGAUUCGACUCUUCGGAUCGCUCAGCCUGGUACAUGGGGCCGGUGUCUCGCCAGGAGGCGCAGACCCGGCUGCAAGGCCAGCGCCACGGCAUGUUCCUCGUCCGCGACUCGUCCACCUGCCCGGGGGACUACGUGCUGUCCGUGUCCGAGAACUCGCGCGUCUCCCACUACAUCAUCAACUCCCUGCCCAACCGCCGCUUUAAGAUCGGGGACCAGGAGUUCGACCACCUGCCGGCCCUGCUGGAGUUCUACAAGAUCCACUACCUGGACACCACCACCCUCAUCGAGCCCGCGUCCAGGUAUCCAAGCCCACUCCUGGCAUCAGUGACCGCCCCUAACCUGCCUGCUGCAGAAGAUAACCUGGAGUAUGUGCGGACUCUCUAUGAUUUUCUUGGGAAUGAUGCAGAAGACCUGCCCUUUAAGAAGGGCGAGAUCCUCGUCAUCAUUGAGAAGCCUGAAGAACAGUGGUGGAGUGCCCGGAACAAGGAUGGCCGGGUCGGCAUGAUCCCUGUCCCUUAUGUCGAAAAGUUGGUGAGGUCUUCCCCACACGGGAAACACGGAAACCGGAAUUCCAACAGUUACGGAAUUCCAGAACCCGCCCAUGCCUAUGCUCAACCUCAGACCGCAACGCCUCUACCUGCGGUUCCCAGUACUCCUGGGGCAGCCAUCAACCCUUUGCCAUCCACACAGAAUGGACCUGUCUUUGCAAAAGCAAUCCAGAAAAGAGUGCCCUGUGCUUAUGACAAGACCGCCUUGGCCUUAGAGGUUGGUGACAUCGUGAAGGUCACAAGGAUGAAUAUAAAUGGCCAGUGGGAAGGCGAGGUGAAUGGGCGCAAAGGGCUCUUCCCCUUUACGCAUGUCAAGAUCUUUGACCCUCAAAACCCAGACGAGAAUGAAUGAUGGCCUCUGCCUGUUCCAGUUGCUUCAUGUUCUGCCUGUCACAGUCUCCUUCCAAGUGGGAACACCUCCUCUCAUGGGCCCGCCCCACUGCAUCGCAACGCCCUUCCCUGCUCUCUGCAGAUGGGCACUCUCUCUCUCUCUCUCUCUCAUCUGGAAUGCACACAGCAGGCUGCUGCCUCCUGGUAUUUGUAUAAUAGUACUGUCAACAAGUAGCCGAUUUUAGAGUUCUUUUGGAUCAGAAACUGGAAAUCCGAGUGGAAGCGCACAGAAGUGAAGGGGUGUUGACAAGGAGAGGGUCUCCCUCUCCUGAUGGUACUGUGACUGAUGCUCUCGAGUCUGGCGGGGGACAUUUGAAUGUGGGGUCCACCAAAUGGACCCAGCUGCCGUCAUCUUGUCCCUUUGAUAAACAGAGGACGUUUAACUUGAAAGAAGAGAAGAUUUUGACCUAAGCUCCCCAAAUCUGGCUUGGUUUUGCUUUUGGUUUGGUUUGGGAAGACCGAUUAGUUAGAUGUGUGUGUGUGUAUGUGUGUGUGUGUGUGUGUGUGUGUGUGUUCUAAACAGGCAGAGAAGCAGCAUGUUGGGUUUUCAGGACAUCACAAAGGAUGCCAUGUGCCUCCAAGCUUCCAGAGAGACUACUGUAACUCGGGUUGAGGGGAGGGGGCUGCUGCAGCGGGGCCUGGGCUUCACUGUCCUGGUGGUGCCAUCGCACUUCCUUCUGACACCUAGCAAACCAUAACCAACCAGAACCCAUAACAUGGCAUGCAGUGUGUGUGCACAGCCUCUUGGAUUACUGCAUUGUCCUCAAAAUCCUCGAUAGGGGAAACGGUUUCUUACUUUGCUGGGGGCUGAGUCCUUGUUUAUCACAAGUAAGGCGGUUUCCUGCCCCGCUUUGCAGUGGAUGCCUUUCUUUAAGGUCUGGAGUUUAACAUUUCUUUGGAGAGUAAAGUGGUUUGUAGGAUUGUUGCAUUUGUUUUAGCUCUCUGAGGUCUGCCAGGCUGGGCGCUGCUGUUGCUGCUGCUGCUGCUGCUGCUCCUGGCUCCUGAGUCUUAACAUCCACUACGUUCUCAGGUCAGCGGGAAAGCAUGUUCUGGAGGUCAGCCAAUGCCUUUGACAUUAACACGUUGUAGUGACUGGAGCGAACCCUUAACUCAUCUGCCAGCUUGGUAGUAAACUUUACCCUGUUGGCUUACACCUACCAGCGAGUACAGAUGCAUGCCCAAGUCUAGUGCACAAAACAGACAAAGGGUCCGGACCGACCGUUCCCUCCCAACCACUCCGCAGAGUCACACCAACCUACGGAGAGGUUACUCAGUGCUGUUUGCUGACUUGAGACUGGCACCACAGCCCUGUCACUUAGAGGGGUUGGCAGUGUUGACCAUAUGCUGGUGACAGAACCGCCAAGCAGCUGUUCUUCCAUUUCUCUCUGCAGCAGUUUCUCAUCAAGCUACAGCAAAGACUCCUGAACGUGCACCUGUGACAAAACUCAUGGUUCAUUGGGAAAAGAAUCACCUUGGCCAUGGAUAUCCUGGAAAACAGCAAUCAACCCUCCCUGUCCAAUGGGAACUAGGGCUGCCUUCUGCUCUGAUGGUGCCUGCCUGUGACACAUCUCCCUGUGAGCCCACCCAACGAACUUGCUCGCCCACCAUGUCGGCCUUGAGCGGGCUCCACUCCACCCUUGGCAGUAUCUGUUCCAUAGAAGGCAGAAGAUGCUGCUUUGUUCAAAGAGGGCACAAGCCCUCAGGUUGUUUGAAACCACAUUGUGCCGAGGGGCUUAGCGUGCGCAAGCUUGGGCACUGCCAUCUCCGUGUGCAGGAAAUGCUAGCGUUCCUUUCAGCCUUGUCGGCAGUACCCACCUCACGUGGAGCCCUUCAGAGCCCACCCCCUUUCUAAUGUAGGGUCAGCCCCAAAGCGAGUCAGUUCGGGGCUCUCACCCACAAGAGCCUCUCCAGAACCACCCACAGGUCUCAGCCCAAACCAGGUAUCUGUGCCAAAAGGAGGGGCUUCUGAUUGGGUACCCGCCGUCUUACUCAGGCCAGGAGAUCUGCUUUCUUCUUCACCUCCACUCCACCCUGAUUGGAAGAGCGGCAGUGUGCCCAGGUCCCCUGCCUGCCUGGAGUUGCCACCUGCACCUCGCAACGCAGUGCCACCUGGGGGCUGUCUUGUGACUGGUCACUGCUCUUUCCUCUGCUCCACUGUGCGUCACUUAAGAGAUGAGUGUGACUGUUGAUUUUUUUUUUUUUUAACUUGGGAAGAAAACAAAUCAUGGACUUAAAGGGCCUUGAUCAUUUGAAUCAAAACUUGCUUCCCCUGGGAAGGGCCCCUCCCACGGGAGCCAUCUGGGUUGCUUCUGAGCUGGGUGGUCUCACCAUGUGGCACAAACCACGAGAAGGACCCACUACUUGACCCAUUGGGGAUCCCAGAAUGGACCCCUGCUGUGCCCGGAGCCAGUGCGCUGACUCACAGGAAAGGACAGCUGGAGCCCAAGCACCCACCCAACAUGGCACUGCACAGCUGUUUACAGACAGGAUGGGCCCCAGGCCACUGCCCUUGUCACAUUGGCUCAGAGGAAUAUGAACAUCUGUUUGUGAAAAGGGAUGCCGUGUCUUUGUGCCAGGUGUUUAUAAUUUAACCCUUUAACAGUAUGUUCAUUAACCUCUUCAGAUGAGUGACUUCUCAAGUGUUUUAAUCCAAGACCUCAGACUAAUGCUUCUGUGGACUACACUGAGCUCUUCCUCAGGGUCCACCCUCGGGGACUGGAGAGCCAGGUCCCUGGUAACUGCUGUCAGUGUGGCCACUGAGCUGGUGGAGCAGAGGCGGUUCCCGGGGACAGGAGGCGCCGUGGCCUUGCUUCUGAGACGAUCUUCACUGUGUGUUCUCAACCAACACCAUCAUCGCACCACAAAACCCUUUGACCUGUAACUUAAAAGAUCAGCAACUUCAGGCAAUAAUAUUUUCUGUGUUAAGCUGUUAAAAUUAUUUUUGAGGAUCAUAGCUUGUUUUAUUUUGUGCUAUAAGAUUAACAGUAUUAAAUGACUUAUAUUCUUAGAAUCCAUCGAGUGUCUUCUUCUUAACAGUUCAGUGCCUUUUUAUUUUUGUAUUCCAUUUUGCGUUACUGGUCCUGGCGCCAAGACCCUUGUUUCCCAUGGCCUGUUUGUACGUUGUCUCAAUAAAACUCACAUCCGCCGGCGGUGGCGAUGGCA